AUGGCCAUCAGGGAAACGUGGGCGAAUUCAAUGCUGAUGAGAAAAUAUAAUUUUAUCAGAAUGUUUCUUCUCGGUAAUCCUAAAAAGGUGAAAGGAUUAUCAGCUAUAGAAAACGAAAAUGACAUUCAUAAGGAUAUGGUCCUAAUGUCGUUUCAUGACAAUUACUAUAACAACACAUUAAAGACAAUCGGGGCGAUUCACUGGACCGUGACACACUGUAACCGCUCCAGGUUUGUAGUUUUUGUCGAUGAUGAUAUGUUGGUAUCUACUUCAAGGUUGGUGGACUUUUUAGAAAACAAUGCGACCUUGUCAAUAUUUUUUGGAGGAUUUAUCAAGAAACAUAGACCAAUCAGAGGUAAGAGGUUAAAAUGGUAUGUGCCACGUGAUGAUUACCCGCAUGACGAAUAUCCUCCAAUGCCGUCCGCGGGGUUUAUGAUAAUGACAAUAGACUUCGUGAUUGACUUACACUUCGCGUCACAAUACACCAAGAAGUUUAUCUACGAUGACUGUUACCUUGGUAUUUUAGCCUAUAAACUCCACGUCUCUCCUGUCCACAUGCGUAGAGUUCAUAUGCGACGCAUUAAAGACAAUGCCGUCUACAAAUCUAUGAUAGCAGCACAUGGCUAUUCUCCCUCUAAUCUUAACUUGACAUGGCUAGCCCUUCAAUGA